UGGCUUCGCUCGGCUGCUCUCAGUCCUAGCGCUUAUAAAUGCGCCAUUGCUGGGCUGCCCUCACUGUCCCCCAAGAAGCGAUCGACCGAGAGAGAAGGGGAUGGAGAGGGGGAGAGCGAUGGAGCAGCAGCCGCCGGCGAAGCGCGCGAGGACGAUGACGGUGGCCGUAGAAGACGGCGACGAGCCGUCGCCGCCGGUGAGCCCCAAGCUGCGGCCGGCCUUUCUCGUGGUGCUCUUCGCUGUGCGAAUGAUCGUGAUGAACCCGGUGACGGACGCCUCGCCCAGCAUCUCGCAGAUCGAGGACACGGUACAGAGAAUUGUUGAUUGCGCCUUUAACCAAUUCCAUGAAAUGUUUUCAAGCAAACUUGAGAAGGCAUUCCAGGCUUUCCAGGGGCAGAUUGAUAGUAUCCACCAUGAAGUGAGACAAAUGGGGUGUCGUGUUCCAAUCGCCAUUCUGGUCGACACACAAGAUUGGAGCCAAAUCAGGAGGAUGACUCUGCCAAUGCAUCAAACACAAACAUUAGGCUGCGUUUCCUGAACGAUUUCAAGCUGCCUAUUUACACAGACAAGAACAUAGUAGACAAGAACAACGCAGCUAUCAAAGUGGCCAUGUUUGAAGGUGGGAGCAAGAUCACAUCCGGCCCCCUUUCGAAAGUGAAAGUUGAGGUCUUGGUCCUCCGUGGUGAGUUCUGCAACAAUGAGCGCGACGACUGGACUGAAGAGGAAUUUGACAACCACAUACUGCAAGGUCGAGAUGAGCAAGGUCUAUUAGGAACUGUGCAGUUGACGAAAGGAGAGGCAGAACUCAGCCAGAUCCGUUUCAAGAAAGGGACAUGUAGGAAAAAAGUCAUAAUGGCAGCAAGAGUUUGCAAGGGUGAAAAUAUCGCUCUUCGGGUUCAGGGAGCCAUCAUGAAGCCUGUUGUUGUUCAGGACCGCAGAAAUGAAGCAAAUGAGAAGAGGCACCCUCCAAGUUUAGAUGAUGAUGUUUUUCGUUUAGAGGAGAUUGCCAGAAAUGGAGAAUACCGCAAAAGACUGAAGAAGGAAGGAAUCUGCACAGUUCAGGAUUUCUUGAAGGCUUUGAACAAAGAUCCCAACAAGCUUCGUAAAAUCCUUAAGAUGGAAAAUCAGAACAGUUCUUGGUUAAAACUCACAGGCCAUGCUAGGCAGUGUGUUCUUGAAGACAUGCCAGAGCUCAAAAGGUAUCAGAGUGAAGAGGGAAAUGUGGUGCUCUUCUUCAAUUGCGUCCACGAUCUCAUAGGAGCAGAAUUUGGUUGCCAUUACGUUGCAAGUGGUAACUUCAGUCCAGAUCAGAAGGCUUUAGUGAACAAGUGGAAAUGGCGCGCCUAUGACAAGCUGGAGGACAUUGCAUCUGAUUACAUAAUCAAAGACAAUGUUCCAGAGCGAAUUUCUGCAAGUCCAGAUGCUGCUGCUGGCCCAUCCGUUCCUGUGUUCAGCGCACCGCAACCAAAUUUUACAGCAUCUCAAGGAACUGAAGCGGCUGAAAAUUCACCCCACGGUGAUAUUAACCAUAUAAUUCCACACCAAAAUGGACACAGUGAUGCCAUGAUUAUCCAUCCUGGUUAUCUAAACACAAAUGAUUACCAAGCCCAACGAACUGCACUGCCUGCUCAGCAGCUAAUCACUCCUGAAUCCAUCCUGCCAAGUUGUCAACAAAAUGAUGCAACCCAGAUGGACCCUUGUUGCACAUUUGAGUCCGUUUUGCAGUGCAUCGACGGGCUUCAGGUUGCAAUGCCAGACGCGGGCGCCUGUUUCUGCUUCGACAUUGCCCUGCAGCCGUUGUGCCCUGUGCAUGGGCAGGGACAUAGCUGCUCUGAGCUUCCAGGAUCAGGUCACAGCAACGACUACCCGUACCAGUAGGUACACAGGCACUUAACCAGAUUACAAAAGUUUACCAGUCUAGGUCUGCAUGUUUACACAAUUAUCAUAAUUUUGUAUUCCCUCCUUUCCUGGUUACUACUCCCUCCGUCUCAAAUUAUAGGUCGUUUUGACAUUUCUAGGUAGACACAAUGAAUAUCUAGAUGCAUAACAAAAUUUAUGAAUCUAGAAAAAUCAAAACGACCUAUAAUUUAGAACGAAGGGAGUACUUACUAGCAGUACUGCAGUAGAUUAUGUAAGCAUAUUUGAGUUUCUGUCUGUAUCAGUAUGGUGUGUGUGAUGCCGUCUAGACUUCCAGUUUACGUGCUAGUUUGUUAGCCAUUAUACUAUUAUAGCAUGAAUGAAGAUGUGUGGGUAACUGUACGACA